GACGUCAAUUAUCAAAUGAAAUACAUGUAUUUCAUGGAUACAAGAACAAAAGGUGUACAGAAAAAAACUACUUUACUACAAACAAGAAAAAUAUAUUUCCUAAAAAUUAAAUUAAUAAAUAAAUAAUUUUAAAAUUAUUAUGAGUGCUAAUGAAAAACGAAAUACAUAAAUAACAUAAUAACAAUGAUAUUUAUAGUAAAAAUGUGAAAAAACAAAAAUUCUAGUGUUAAAUCUGACAGACACAAGAAGAAAAUUUUCUAACAAGAAUACACAACCAUCGGAAUAAAAAAAAAAAAAACAAACAAAUGAACAGAAAAAAUGAAAAUAUUUUAAAAGUAUAAACAAAUUAAGACCCACCUAAAAGAACAGACAAAAGAACUAUAAACAAUAUUAACAUUGAAAAAAAUAAUAUCUAUAAGAAUAGACUAUAAAAAAUCCAUUAAAUAAAGUAACUUUGAAGUACAAUUUACUUACAGAUACACACACACAACAACAAUUUGUUUUAGUGCAAAAAUUGUGAUUUUUUCCAUUGUGUAUUAAAAGAGAGCCAGAGAGUUAGUGGCACCCUCUCUUUCUCUCUCACGCCAUCACCCACUAUUUAGUUAAUAAAUACAUUAAAUUCCUUUUAAUCAUUAAAUAAAUAAAUAAUAUUAAACAAUUAAUUAAACAAAAAAAGAUAAAUAAAUUAAAAAUACCAAAAUGGAUGAUGGUGAAUUUAAUUUAUCGAAUACUAUUGGUAUCGGUUUAAAUAUUGGCGAACAAAUGUUAUUGCCGGUCUCUAAUGGUGAAGAAGAAGCACAAUUAGCAUUACACCAACAAGAACAACAGCAGCAGCAGCAACAUAUUCAUGAACAGCAACAAGAACAUCAUCAUCAACAAACACAUUAUACUUCCAAUCUCAACAUAGAGCAUCAAUCUUCGGAAAAUGUCAAUAAUACACCGGAACCAACAACAACAAAUGUCACUUGUCUUGACAAUUCCAUUGGAAACUUUUAUCAAGAGAGCACCGAUCUUGAGAAUUUAAACGCAAAACUGGCAGAAACAACGAAAAUAUUAGACUAUACACCAGUAGAAAAGCCAACAGAGUUACUAACCUCGUUACAAAAAGAAAAUCAGGAGAAAGCUGUUGCAGAGGAACUUGCAAACAAGGCAUUAGAAGAUGAAAAUAAGAAAAAACAAGGUGAUGAAAAAAAUAAAGAAAAUGACGAAGAAGAAGAAGAAGUUGAGGAAACAGAAGAUAAAGAUAAGGCUGACAAAGACAAUGAGGAAGACGAGGAUGAAGAAACUGUAGAAGAUGUGGACGCAGAAGAUGUUGAGGCAGAAGAUGUGGAACCAGAUGAUGAAGAAAUAGAAGAAGUGGAGGAUGUGGAGGAUGAAGUUGAAGAAGAAAUCAUACCCGAUGAAGUAAUAGUGCCAGAGAAUUCAGUAGAUAAAAUAAAAGAAUUAAAAUCAGCUGAUAAAGAUGAUGAGGAAGAGGAAGAGGGAGAGGAAGAUGAGGAAGAAGAAGACAAAGACAAGGACGGAGAAGAUAAUGAAGAAAAAGAUGAAAAUGACGAAGACUCUCAGAAUAAUGAAGACGAUGAGUCAGAAGAGCCCUCUAGUUCGCUGCGUGCCUCUAGAAGGCAGGAGGAAGAAGUUGAUGAAAAUCAAUGUCGCGUAUGUUGUGCUAAAGAUAAUUUAGUUAGUAUUUUCAAAAAACUAGAAGAACGUACUGUGGCCGAAAUGUUAAUGACCAUAUGCCCCUCGGUAUCUAUAGCUAUUAAAGACUUCUUGCCACAAUACAUUUGCAAUACCUGCUGCGAUAAUGUGGCCAUUGCCAUAAAACUCAAAAACCAGUGUGAAACUACCGAAAAGGAAUUGAGAAAGAAAUUGUCCCGUCACAAGAAUAAAAUACGAAGACCGGUGGGUUAUGUGGUCAUUGAUGCACCUCUCGAUUCCGAUCCUCCCACUGAUGAAGAGCAAGCCAAUGAUGAAGAAUUCAAAGUGUCAGAUAUAGCGAGUGUAACACCUAGUGAAGAUUCGGAGACCUCUGAUUUUAGCGACAGUAAGAAAAAGAAAACUAGAGGACGCAAACGCCGUAAAUCGGCUGUGGUAACACCAACAGAUGGUAAAAGAUCAAAAAAUAAAAGCAGAUCCGAUGAUGACUCUUCAGAUGAGAAUGAUGAAGAUGGUGAUCCUAUUAAGCAGAAGCGCAAACGGUCUAGCAACUCUUCGCCAGAAAAUUUCGCCUGCAAUGAAUGUGAUCAAACUUUUUCACGCAAACAGUCACUGGUCCUACACAAAAGACAACAUGUCUACGAUCGAGGCGAACCCAUUAAGUGUGAGGUGUGUGGCAAAAAGUUUAAAAUCAAAGGAGCCUAUCGCACUCACUUGGAAAAACAUCGCGAAGAGAGGCGAACCAAUAAGUGCAACCAGUGUUCCAGACGUUUCACUAAUAGUUCCGAUCUUAAACGUCACAUAGCCGAGGAACACAGAGAAAAAACUAUAUUGCCUACAUGCUCAAAAUGUAAUCGAACAUUUUCUUCAGCCGGCCGUCUGCAGCGUCAUAAACAGAAUGUUUGUUCGGCAAGUGACUCGAGUAAAUUUAAAAAAUCCGAAUCGCAUGGUUUUGCUGUCGGUACUGAUCUAUUUAAGGCAGUCGCACCACUACAGACGACCUAUUGGAGUGACAGCUUUUCCGAUUAAGUGCUAGUUGGCGGCAACUGAAGUAGUUUGGUUUUACAAAUGACAUGAUGUGUGAAUAAAAAAUGAUGAUGAUGAUGAUGGUGAUGAAAAAUAUUCUUUUUUUUAUAGAAACUAACAUUAAUUUUACAGUAUUGGCUUAAGUAAUUAUAAAAAGCUUUUUUCGAAAUAAAAAAAAAAAACUCAGUAAUUGAGAUUUUGAAUGCAA